UUUUAACCUCCCCAAUUUCUCGUCGGAAAAACGUUCAGCGAUCAUCGUCACUCUCUCCUUCUGUAGUUUCCUAUUUUUCCAGGCAAGUAGUGAGAUCGGAGGAAUGGAUCAGUUCUCAGGAGGAGGCAAUUGGUCGAUGAUCCCCAACGUUCAGUCGCAGGGUAACUUCGGUACAUCCACCAAUCAAGACCAUCUAUUCCUCCAGCAACAGCAACAACAACAACAACCACAACAGUUUCAUCAUCCACAACAACAAACCCAGCAGCAGCAAUUCCAGCCACAACAACAACAACAACAAGAGAUGCAGUUCCAGCAAUUCCAACAACAACAGUUCAUUCAACAGCAGCAGUUCCAUCACCAGCAGCACCGUCUGCUACAUUCUCCUCAGCAGCAGCAGCCGCAAUCGUCUUUGCAAUCCCCUCCGCCGCAGCAGACGGUGGUUCAUACUCCGCAAUCGAUGAUGCACACACCGCAGCAGCAGCAACAGUUGGUGCAUACUCCGCAGCAAUCGGUUCAGACUCCGCAGCAGCACCAGUCUUUAGCUUCCCAUUUCCAUCUCUAUCCGUUGGUGGAGAAACUAUCAGAUGCAGUUGAAACUGGAACACGAGAUCAGAACUCUGAUGCCCUGGUGAGUGAAUUGAACGGUCAUUUUGACAAGUGUCAACAGCUGUUAAAUUCGAUUUCAGGAUCUCUAGGAUCUAAAACUACUAUGACUGUAGAUGGACAAAAGAGAAAUCUAGAAGAAAGUGAGCAACUGCUUCAACAAAGAAGGGACUUGAUUAUGGAAUAUAGGAAAUCUAUUGAAGACCUUGUCAAGAUAGAGCCUUAGGUCCAUAUUUCUCCCAAGGCGUGUGUUGUAUCUUUAUUUACUCAUGCUCUGCAGUUUUAGCUGCCAAUAAAGACCAAUAAUGUAAGCACUGAACCGAUUUUUUAAUUAGAAAAAUAAUGAAAAUGGUUUUUCUUUUUU